CAAGCCGUGGUUUUUUUUUUUUUUUCGACGAUGACGGAAACGCGCGUGGUGUCCUAAUAUCGUGUGAUCGUUAUUGUUUUAUUUCAGUAGAAUAAUAUAUUAUUACUUAUAUUUUCAACGCACGAUUAUCGUUGCUAUUCGCUUCGCGUCGUCGGCUAUUGUCGUUGUGUAGUGUCGUUGCUCGCGUUUUCAAUUAUUAUUGUUAUUCUUCUGCAAAUCCCGGCCACGACUCGCCGCCGUCCGCGUGUGUGUGUGUGUCGCUUAGGUAGGUAGGUAAGUAGCAAAUGGCCCAUCAGUAUUUGGACCAAAAUUCCGCUAUUUCCCGAGACGAUAAAGGUUACUUCGUUCCAGCUACACAGCGGCCCGACGGCACUUGGCGCAAGGAACGCCGGCUCAAGGAGAACUACAUUCCCCAGGACGAAGUGGCGUUGUACGAGUCCAAAGGCAAGAAGUUCGUGGCCGCCAACAAGUCCAACAAGCUACCUCCGGGCGCGCCCAUCCCGGCCGUUGCGCCGAACCAGCGCAAGAACGUGCUCACCGAAAAGCGGCAGCAGCAGCAGCAGCAGCCUAGCAAACCGGAUAACAGCGUCGUCGUCGUCGUCAUGCCGGUCGUUCAGAAGCCGAAAGAAAAACCCAAGGCGGCCGAGAAGAAUGCCGCCGAAGAGCCGGGCACCGAUCCCGUCAAGAGGGUGAGGAACUUGAAGAAAAAGUUGAAGAACAUCGAAGAGCUCGAGGUGAAGGUCGAGGAAGGUGUGGCCAUCGACGCGGACCAACGCAAGAAGAUUGCCAAGAAGCAUUUGGUUCUCAAGGAAAUCGCCACUCUCGAAGCCGUCAUUAAGUUGCUGUAUCCCGAACCGCCGAAAGAAUCGAAGAAAGACAAUAAGAAGGACGCCAAAAAAGGUGGUCAAAAAGAUACUAAAAAACCACAACAACAACAGCAACCGUUAAAAGAAGUGAAAAAUAAUACUAAACAAAACAAGGUCGUCGAAAAAAAAUCCACUCCAGUAUUGAGCAACGGUAACCAGGCCAAGAAGGUGGACAAAAAAACCGCUCCUGCGCCGCCACUGCAGCCCGCUGCGAAUACAACGACUAAAAAGACUGAAAAGAACGUAAAAGCUGAGGUCAAACCCAAAGCCGAAGCCAAACCCAAAGCAAAGGCUGUUCCCGUCGUUGAGAUAUCGGUUGAGGCGGCCAAGCGAAUUAGGAAUCUUAAGAAAAAGUUGAAGGUCAUUGACGAGUUGGAACUUAAGGUUGCCAAAGGUGAAAAAAUCGAUAAGGACCAACGAGUGAAAAUAUCGAAAAAAGCCGAGGUAUUAGCAGAAAUCCGUUCUUUGGAGAGCGGCGGAAAGUAAUACUACGAGAGUUAUUACAAGAGAUUAAUCAUUUAUUGUCUGUUAAGAAAAUAUGUUUGAAUAAAUAAUCAUAUUGAUUUGAUUUUAAUAUACUAAUAUUGUAAAAUGUUGUUUUUGGAACUCGAGCAAGUAAUUCUAUUUUCUUUUAAUCGGCGUUCAAUGCUAUUUUUUAAAAAAAUGUUCUAUUAAAAUUAAUAUAAUUGGCUUUAAACAAUUAAAUAAAAUAUACGUUUCAUAACAAUG